GUAUAUAGAUGGCAAAAUAGAUUUGUAGUAAACCGAAAUAGAAUUGAAUAUCAUAAAACUGCAUCAAAUAAUUUAGACAAUCGAAAUAGAGUUGAAUAUCAUAAAACUGCAUCAAAUGAUUUAGACGAUCGUACAAUUAAAAAAAAACCAUAUCAUAUUAAUUUAAGUAAGCCAGAAGCAAGCAAUUAUAUACAUAUAACCUUUGUUUCCCUUAAACAUAAUCAUGAUAUUAAUAUCAACAAUAUGAGAUUUGCUCUAGUAUUUCAAAAAUUUAAUGAAUCUGUAAUGAGUGAAAUUGAACAUACUGUUGUGUAUGGACGUUGCGAUGCAUAUACUAUAAGAAAUUUGCUACAACCUUU